AUAAAUGACUGUGUCAAUAUUACUUGUUUGAACAACGGAACUUGCAUCGACCAAAUCAAUGGCUUCAACUGCAGUUGCCCUCCAGGAUUUGCCGGCAACCGAUGCGAAAUUGGUUAGUUACUAGUUGCUGCUAUUUGCCUUGCAUUUCCGCCAAAACGCAACAUGCUAUGUAUCCCGUUUAAACACCUAAUGUUGGACACUGUUGAAUGCUGAUAACUAAUAAAUAUGGAUCAAUUUUAAAUCCGAUCCUACAUGGAUCCUACAUCAUCGACAUCAUCCGACAAUGAUAAUGUCAAAUGAUGUUAUACCAACAUACGUUUUUAUCGGGAGGCUCUAGGGUUCGCUGGAUAAUUGUAUGUUAAUUUUGCAAUUUUAUUGACCUCGAAUUCCUCUCGGUCCAUGAAAAUGCCGAAAAAAAAAGACGGCCAAUAAUAACGCAUUUGUCUUAGUCGUUAUUUUUUUAUUAUAUUUCCUUUAGAUAUAAACGAAUGUGAGAGCGGUCCCUGUUUAAACAACGGAACAUGCACUGACCGAGGCAACGAAUUCAACUGCAAUUGUCCACCAGGAUUUUCGGGCAAUCGAUGUGAAUUUGGUGAGCUGUGUGUUUAGCUGUUAUUUUCAUUGUUUAUCGGCUUGAAAAUCUAUACACUGACUGACGGUGUUGGUCCUGCAUGUUCAAUUGUUGUUGUUUUUAUAUGAAGAAGAGAUUUAUUGGCAUUUAUAGCUUUCUUUCGCAAGUUUCAAUUCGUUGAAGUCAGUAUGCAGUAAAGAACCCUCCGUAAAAGUGGUUUCUUGUUUCUUUCUUUUUGUUGUUGUUGUUUGCAAUUUAUAUUUGUGAUUAUUGUUUCCUUCAGAUAUAAACGAGUGUGAGGGCAGACCCUGUUUAAACAACGCAACUUGCACUGACCGAAUCAAUGCAUUCAACUGCAGUUGCUCGCCUGGAUUUUUUGGCAAUCGAUGUGAAAUUGGUUAG